AUGCCCCAGAUUCAAGGCAGCUGUCUCUGCAAGCAGAUUACGAUUACGGUCAAGGAUCGCUCGGCAGCCGACAAAGCCGGGGUCGAGAUUUGCCACUGCACCGACUGCCGCCAGUUCACGGGCGCUCCGGCGGGAUAUUUGGUCCAGGUCCCGCACGCCGACGCCGAAAUCUCGGGAACCCCCAAGCAGUUCUCGGUAACGGCCGAGUCUGGCAACACGGUCGUGCGCAACUUCUGCGCCAACUGCGGCUCGUCCUUGUUCGACGAGGGAGCGACCAAGGGCAAGUACUUUAUCCACGGUGGUAUUUUCCCACCCAAGUCUCUCCCACAACCGACCAUGGAGUUGUGGAUGCGCAGUGCUGAGAGCUGGGAGAGGCCGUUCCCCGGAGUUGAGCUCUAUGAAAAGCAGCAGUAG